AUGGCAGAGUAUCUGUACACAGUGUCAGAUCAGAAACUGAGAAGCACACUGACCAGAUACAGACUCAGCGGACACAAGCUGAAGAUAGAGACGGAAUGCCCCAAAUACACGGACAUACGGACAGGGUUCUAUGAUCAAAUACAGCAGAUCCAUCAGACAUUUAAAACUCUUCCGAACCAGGAGAAACUGCCGUAUCUGUUAGGAGAACACAAGAACUGCUGUGUGUUUGCUGCUCAGUAUGUGUCUGCCUGUCAUGAUAGAGCAGCCGGUGUAAAUCUGGACUCGAUUCAGACAGAAACCGGUCUCCUCCUGAAGAGACUGAGAGACGUGGAGAAGAAGGUCUCCUCAUCGCUCGGGGACGUCAAGCAUCAGUUCUCAGAGAUCAUCGAGAAGAACCUGACGGCGUGUGAAGCUCUGGACCAGCGUUUCUCCAGCAUGGACAGCAGGAAGGGAGAUCUGGCUCAGUAUCUGUGUGAAGACGUGUCUCAGCUCUCGCUCGACGAGCUCUUCAACACCAUCAAGAUCUUCCGCCAGCUCUUCCUCAGAGCCCUGAAGGAAAACAAGAUCCGUAAAGAACAAGCGGCUAAAGCGGAGAAAAGAAAGCAGCAGCUGGAGGAGGAAGAGUCCAAGAGACGGAAGGGAGAAGAUGGGAAGAGAAUUCGUCGAGGCGUGCCUCCGCAGGACGACGGCUGCAUCAUCGAUCAUCUCCUGGCAGACAUUCGCAAGGGUUUCCAUCUGAGAAAGACUCGUCCCAGGUGCGAAUCAGAAAGUGUAAUGCAUGGAGAUUCAGGAGCGUCCGGUAAGAAUAUCAGCCUCUGAAGCGGCUCCAGUGCAGAAGUCUGAAGCGUUCGUCUUUAUUUCUCUGCUUUCUCACGUGAAAAGCACUGAAGCUCCGUUUAUAAUCCGAUAAAAACAGACUCUAACUUUCAUAUCAGUCCAGAAAGAGAUAUUAAUGAAACUGUUUCUGACUCCUUUAAACCUGAUUCCUCAUGCCCUGCUGCUCCACCAAUCAGCUUUGCCGCAUGCCCUCAUGCCUGCUUCUGAUUGGUCGUUCACAGCUGUCUGUCACAUGUCAGUGUGAACUGUAAAUACAAGCUGAAGCUUGUGGGUAGUUGACAUUAUUUAUUUGAUUUUUCAACAUCAGUUUUUCCAGAUUGUUUAAGGAAAAGUUGUUUAUAUCCUAUAAAUGGUUACUUUUAGGUUCUUCUCCAUUUUAUUCAGCUUUAUAUAGAGCUGCAGGAUUAAUCACAAUAUGACUUAAUGCUUCAAAAUAAACUUACGAUAGUUUGAAAAUUAAGAAAUUCAGAAAAAUUAAGCCGUAAAUAUUAUUUUUUUCAGUACAGUGACUUGUAAAUUGCAAUAAACUGUACAAUAAAUUAUUCUUAUUUUAUAAUGAAUACUUUUUUUUUUGUUUUUUUAUUUCUUAUCAUUGUUUAAU